AUGGACAUGGCUGGAAGCAUGCAGAUCUCGACACUUGGUGCACCGGGCCAUAUCGGGGGGAUUAGUGGCAAUUCAUUGCCUUCGGUUGGAGGAGGAGGAGACGUCUUAAUUGAGACGAUCGAAGUGCCAGAUCAUUGUGUUGGUUUGGGUCGCGGCGGUGAGCAGAUCUCACAGAUUCAGUCGCAAUCAAACUGUCGUGUGCAGAUGUCUCCCGAAUCUGAUCCGAACAACAUGCGUCAGUGCACUCUUCAGGGUACAAAAAUUGCUGUUGAACGUGCAAAAUCGAUGAUUCAAGAGUCACAAGGUGUAUUGGAAAGGGAAUGGGAUGAGAGCAUUGAAGAUGAUCGCGAUUUGUUGCAGGUGAUUGCACGAGCUGGGAAUCGUCCACCACCGAGUAGAGGAGCUGCUCAUUUCGACGGUGGAAUGGCGAACGCAGGUGGACGACAGAUCACUCACGAGAUGCUCAUUCCAGGUGUAAAAUGUGGUCUCGUGAUUGGUAAAGGAGGUGAAACCAUCAAAAACAUCCAGGAGCAAGCAGGUGUUAAAAUGGUAAUGAUACAAGAUACACAAGAAAGCAGUGGUCAACCGAAGCCGUUGCGCAUAAUCGGGGAUCCAGAUAAGGUAGAAAAUGCACGUCGCAUGGUCGAAGAUAUCUUGCAAUCGAGAGAGGAUCAUCCACCGGGCGGAGGGCAACGAUUCGGUGGUAACGCAUUUCCGGGUGGAAUUGGCGGUAUGGCCGGUGGAGGCGGAAUUGGUGCGGGAGGUGGACAGAGAUCUAUUGGCGAGGUGAUUGUACCGCGUGCUUCUGUUGGUAUGAUUAUUGGCAAGGGAGGUGAGACCAUCAAACGUCUCGCUGCUGAGUCGGGUGCUAAAAUCCAGUUCAAGCCUGAUGGCGGUAAUAGUUUCUUCCGAGAUAAAAUUGAUUGGAUUUCAUUGUACAUCUCAGUGGAAACGGUCGUCGUUAUUUCAGAAGACCAAACGACACCGGAUCGCUGCGCCGUAAUUCAAGGUACAACUGAUCAAAUCGCGAAGGCAACUCAAUUCAUUUCUGAAUUGGUUAAUAAGAGUGGAGCGGGUGUUGGCGCUGAAAUAUUUUAUAUGCAUGUACCGGCGAAUAAGACUGGUCUUGUCAUUGGCAAAGGAGGUGAAACCAUUAAACAGAUCUGUGCCGAGAGUUGUGCUCACGUGGAAUUGUCUCGUGAACCACCUCCAAAUUCAUCUGAAAAGGUUUUCAUCAUCAAAGGAACACCGUACCAAAUCCAUCACGCACAGCAUAUUAUCCGCAUUAAGGUUGGUGAUGUAUCACCCGGAACCCCGGUACCGCAGUUCCAUGGGCAAGGUGGUCCAGGUGCUGCAGGUGAUGGAUAUAGCGUUGGUCACAAUGCCGGACCCGCAGGUGGUCCUCAGGGAUAUGGCAAUGGAACAAGUCAUUUCGGGGGUGCGGUUGGUGGUCAAUCGACUGCACAGUGGAACGCCGGUUUCGGGCAUCAGCAGAAUGAUCCAGGACAAGCAGCAUGGGCACAGCAAUAUUACGGUCAACAAGGACAACAACAAACCGGUUAUCAACCGGGUGGAUACGCCACUCAAUAUCAGCAGCCGGGUGCACAACCGCAACCUCAGCCAGCACAGACAAGCACUGCUCCAGCGGUUAAUCCACAAACUGGACAACCCGACUAUAGUGCGCAAUGGGCCGAGUAUUAUAGGAGUAUGGGAAUGCAUGAGCAAGCAGCGCUGAUCGAGAAUCAACUCAAGCAAAACGCUGCAGCAGCUGCAGUGGCACAACAGCCGAGUGCGCAAGCCGCAAGACCGCAACAGCCUGCAUACGGUGCAUAUGGAGCCCAACCCGUCUCGGCAAGUGCGCAGAAUCAAUUCGGCUAUGGUGCACCGCAAGCGCAACCACAGGGUGGUUAUCAAUAUCCACAACAAUAUUAA